AUGGGAGAGUACUCGAAAGCACUUUCACUUUACGGAAAAGCACUUGAAAUUUGGCAAAAAACACUUUCUUCAAAUCAUCCUCACUUGUCUACUUCAUAUCAGUGCAUGGGUAGUGUGUAUAAAAAUAUGAAAGACUAUUCGAAAGCACUGUCAUAUUUUGAACAUGCUCUGGACAUCAAGCAAGAUACAUUACCUUCAACUCAUCCUAGUAUUAAAGAUGUGAAAAAGAGUAUUGAAAUUGUAAAAAAGAAAUUAUAA